AUGCGGAGGUCGCACUCGUCGCUGUGCAGCAGGGAGAUUGGGAGAUGGAUAGGAGGAAGGGCGGCGGCUGAGUUGGCCGAGCAAGUGGCAGACCUGUGGGAUGCGGCGUUAGGACGCAUUGGCGGCGACCGCGCCCAAGAAGUCCACGCUGCAGAGCGCCGCAGAGUGGGAGAACACGGCCUUCAAGCCGGACAGGCAUCAGGCUGUUGGAAUAUGGACCAACAAGGCAUGGAUGACCAUGAAGGGGUCCACGUUGUUGGAUUUGAAGUCCCACCUUCACCUGAUUCUAGCUACAACAACCCUAUUCCUGGAAAUGAAGAUGAAGGCCGGGAGCCCCCACUGGUGCCACCUCAUCUCCAGCAUACGCUGCUGAGCUUCCCACCAAGCCAAGACGAAUCGAGCCCGCUGCCUCAGCCUCAGACUGUGGUUCUGAACCACCUUUACAUCGAGAAAGAGAACACAAGAUCCGUGGUUGCUCUGGGGAUCACGCACCGGUUCAAGGCCAAGUUUGUGACAGUCGUGCUUUACAAGCCAGUGCUGAGGCGGUAG